UUUUCUCAUAAAGACUUAUCUGUUUUAAAAGGUGCUGCCAAUACAAUAUUUCGAUUCUAUAGAGAAGCACUUCGAAGUACUUUAAACCUUAAUGAUGCUAGUUUUAAAGCGCUUUUAAAAAAAGAAUUGGAUAGUAAAGAGAAUCAGGCACAAAACAAUGAAGAUGUUUCAAUUAAUAACAAUUUUGAAGAUAGUAAUAAAGAUGGCGACUUUAAAGACUUGCCAAUUAAUAAUGAUAGCUUUGAAGAUGAUAAUAUUGAUGGCAGUCUUGAAGACAUUUCUAGCAACAAUAGUGGUGAUAAUCUUGAAAAUAUGUUAAUUAACAAUAUUGAACUAGAGGAAAGCAACUACAACUUUGAAGAUA